AGCUUUGAUCUGUUUCUUUCUGUCUUCUCUUUUCCUCCAAAACAUUCUCUCGGCGAAGAUUCAAAAUCCUAUUUACUUUGGUCACUACCGUGUCUCUACAUAUCACAAGUCUCCUCUACUGUCUACACUUAACCGAGUCCAAUUAUCACUCAUCCUACCCGUCACUAUAUAAGUCAUCCACUGUUUUCGCUUGUCACCCCGAUCAUCAGAAUCAUCAUGUCUACAACGCAUGCCUAUUACCCAUCAUACCCGGCGGGAUCACUCCCUAUCAAUAUGCCACAAAAGCCCGGCUACUACAACCCAGGGGCUGCUCACCAAGGCUAUGGCCGCGUGUCAGUAUCCCCACCCGAAGCUGCCGACAGUGUGACAACGUCCGGCAUUACUUCGUAUGAGCCUUCUGCCACUUCGAGCAGCUAUGCUGGAAGCUCUAGCGAGUACGAGUCGAGCGCUUCGGCUGCUGGAGUCGACCUGAUGGACUAUAUGGGCAGUCGUCUCAAUGGUGCAUUUGAUCCUACUCCGCUCGAUCGCAGUCUUGUGAAGCAGGCCCAAACAUCUGGCGAACUGAAUGCCAAGCAUCGUGAACUGCUCGAAUUGCAAGCGCUUGCUCAGCGCAGGUUGGCGGGAGCACGCUUGGACUUCGCAGACGGCAUGAGGGCAGCCAAAGAGUUACAGAAAGAUUUGCAAUGGACGCAAAAACGUGUCAACGCCCUCAACGAGCGAGCCGCACGCAAGUAUCCGGAGCAGUACAGAGCUGCUCAGCAGAAGUAUCCGGCUCCCGUCGACUACUAGGUCAUGGCGGCCGAGAUAUCGGCAGUAUCGAUGGCU